UGAGAAACUUUUAAAGCUCCUCCACAUAACUUGAUGAACAUUGACCUGUUAAUGCGAUUGUUAUCAGAAAUUAUACUAAAAACUUUGUAUCCUAAUUUACUCAAGAUUUGUAGAGUGAGAUCAUAUAACUGAUCCCCUGUUGAAUCUUUACAAGGAAAUAAGCCUACAACCUCUUUAUAGUUGGAUAACAGAGAGGAUACCAUGAAUGUUUGUAUAGUUGUUGCUAAAUUGCAUGAAUUUUUAUUUGAUUGAACAGCUAAACCUUCGAAUUCUCGACCUUUAUAUAAAUGUUAUUUUGGGCUUGACAUAGAUUUCGUCAAUUCGUUUGUUUAUAGCUCGAAGCCAUAUUUGAGCCCUAUUUAAGUCCUUGUGAAACGAAAAUACUGAUACCUUAGAUAAUCUAUCAUAAUUUCUUCUACAGCCUGGUACAUAGCAUUUAUAAGGCAUGAUUAACUGCACUGCACAUAAUCACCAAAGCAGUACCCACAUGAACUAACGCUUGAAACUGAGUGAGUAGAUGCUAUUUUAGUUCAUAAGGAGCUCAAAAAUUCAAUUGGGGUAGUUUCAAUUGUUAAAUUGAGGUUUCAACGUAUCUAUUUACAGUGGGGAUUACGGGAAUCCCCGGAAUACAGUCCGACUAGUCUUGUGACGUUUACCCAAAGUGGUAGUGUGGCAAGUCCAUCUAGAGUGGCCUUGCAGCAUAUGAAUGGCUCUGAUGGCGUGAUGACAAUUUUCACCUAACACGGUUCUCCCAUUUAUGCUAAUAUGGAGGAUAAUUUAAGUAGUGUUUAUUGUAAUAAGUAUUGUAUCCUAAUUUAGUAGUGGAGGAACAGGGUGUUUAGUUCGGUUCAGAGGUUACAUGCUGUAAUUAUUUUCUAUACAGUAAUGGCAUUAAGGGAGAUUCCCGGGGUACGUCGUGGUGCAACACUUUUCACUUGCAACGAUGGUUUCUAUUACCAGUAUAAUAGCAUCUCAAGGGUGAAAACACAUUACUGUUGCUACUUAAAGACGUGUAGAGCUAGGAUUUGGGUUGAACAUAGAAGUAAAAACAUUACAUAUAAUGAAAAUUUUCCUAGCCAUAAUCACGGCCCAGAUCCUCUGCUAGAAGCUAAGCAUGUGUUACGAGGAGCAAUAUUUCAGCGGGCCGAACGUGAAUCAACACCGCUGAAAAGGAUUUUUGACGAGGAGUGCAAUAAAGUUUCCAAUGAAGUAGCCAAAAGUUUGGCCUUUGGAACAAUCGAGUCAUCCAUGCAGAAAUGUCGAAAAUUAAAUUUUCCGAGAUUGCCAAAUUCUGCCAUAGAUUUUACUAAUAUGUUGAAGGCAGAGGAAUGGGCUAGAUUUUCGGAAACUCUAGAUGGCAAAAAAUUCUUCAUCGACAACAUUUUGGUUGGAGAGUGCAGCAACUUGGUAUUUGUCUCCGACAAUACCAAACAUCUUCUAUCAACGGCUGAGGAACUUUUUUUUGAUGGCACUUUUAAAACAGUGCCUUCAGUUCCAGGUCUUACACAGCUGUUCAUUGUAAAUGCUGUAGCAUUCGACCAUGCUUUUCCAGUGGCGUACGUGUUAAUGGAGAGGAAGUCGUACGCCUGCUACAAAGCUGCCCUACAAUUGGUGAAACAGUUUGCACCAGAUAUAAACCCACGUGUGAUGUCAGAUUUUGAGGCGGGGCUAAUGAGGGCACUGAGGGAAACCUUCCCUCUUUCAGACAUCAGUGGAUGUUGGUGGCACUUUUCUAACUGCAUAUUGAAGAGGGUGAAGAAAUACAGAUUGGUCAUAGCAGCAAAAAAUGAUGAAAACGUAAAAAAAAUUAUCCACAUGUGCAUGUGUCUACCCCUACUUCCAGCGGGGCAGAUAGAGGCUGGAUUGGCCGCUAUCGGUCAACUUGCUAACCAAACUAUAACGGAUGCUGACUACAAACAAAAGCUGAUAAUAAUCACCGAGUACAUAACAGCGCAAUGGAUUGGAAAAGUUGGUGUUGGACACUUGAGUGUUUAUAAUAGUCCAAGGAGGACAAACAACUUUUCUGAAUCGUUCAAUAUGAAGCUGAAGAGAAAGAUGGGCCCCCAUCCAAAUGCGUGGAGUUUUAUUGAAAAACUACAUAAGUUAUUGAAAGAAGCACAGUGAAUGAUUUAGGCAGAUGCCAAAACAAUCGGCGUAUCACCAGGGAAAAGAAAAAACAUUUCUCGCCAGAUGUCGGGAAAUCAGGCAACUCAGCGAGGACAUUGGAGGUGAGAGAAUCACUGUGGAAGAUUUCCUGGAGGCAGCAGCGGCAACCAUUGGAAGAAAAGUUGGGAUGCCGAAUGAUGAAGAGGAUGGAGAAGAAGACGAAGAAGAUGAUUUAGGGCCACCUCUAAUCCCACAACCACCUGUCUAAGCACGAUGUGCGGGCCCCAGCCUAGAGUGCUACCGGCUGGAGAGGGUAGUAUUACAAUUUUAUGGUAUAUAGGACUGCCCGCCACCGGAGUUUGUGGCGCAACAAUUGAGGGAGCUAGAAGCCGAACUAGCAGAGAGAGAGGCUACUGCCCCGCACACUAAUCCACUCCCUCAAUGCUCAUAUUGCCAGACAAAAAAAUAGGGCCACCCAAAUUGUGGUGCCUUGUGGCCACUGGCAGGUUGCGCCGACUUCUGCGGCGGCACAAGCCUAAGCACCCCAACGUAUUUUGAAAUUGUGGGGGAUUGAGCUGGAGGAUGUGCGGCUUCCAAUCAGGUGCCCACAUUGUAUGUGCCUUGUGGGCAGAUUCAUGAGGACUUUCUAACUCAUUACCAAAAAUAUUUUCCUGUGUGUGUGUGUGUGGUGUGUGUGUGUGUGUGGUGUGUGUGUGUGUGUGUUGUGUGUGUGUGUGUGUGUGUGUGUGUGUAUGUGUGUGUGUGUGCUUUGCAAUUCUUAUUUCGUUUAUUUUCUAUCAUGUGUACAUAGAAUUCAAUAUUGUCUUUCUCAUGGUGUUUUCUAAUGGACUGAACCAUGGCUUACUUUAGAUAAUAUAUAGUAGGCUAUGACUGAACCCGAAAAAUGUGUUCUACUUAAGUGUAGGUAUUAAUUAUUUAUAAUGUAUAUUAUAAUUUAAUAAUAAUAAUAUAUUAUGUAUAUCUACUUGCCGUGGGAAUUUAGAUUCGUUAGUUUUUAUAUAUAAUAUUGUCCUAAAAUUGUACAGGCUGUACACCGUCAUGAACUUCAACUCACUGAAAAAUAUGACUUUUAUUAUUGCUCUCUAUUAAGAUUUAGAAUUAUUCUUAUUGCUUAUUUUUGUAAUAGGAGUAUUUUAUUCAAGUUUGAGAUGCUUGUUCCUCCAUAUAUUUCAAUUCCAUAUGAAAUGUGGGAGUGGAUCGUUGCAAAGUACACUGCUUUUAACGUUUCUAAGUUGGAAAUUUUUGCUAGUCGUCUCAGCGCAAAAAUUCCUGAGCUUAAUUUUUUACAUAUUUUUUGUAUGUGAACGGACCAACUAAGUGUGUUUUCAAGACAUAGACCAAAAAUUUAAUUUCUUUCUUAUUAUUUCCAGAUUUAAGUUGUUUUACCUCUGAAUUUCUGCAAGUGAAAUGGAGGAACCUUGUUUUACUAUCAUUAAGUAGCAGAUGUCUAUGAGUCCGGUACUUUUUUGUUAAUGAUAUAGAAUUGUUACAUUCAAUUUCUGUUGUGUUCCAGUCCUUAUCAGCAAUGCACAGACUUAUAUUGUCAGCGUACAAGCAUUAUUCACUAUUUUCAACUAAAUCGCACAUAUAAUUAGGCAACCCCCCUAAGUAGCACAGAAACAAAAAAUGAUCUAACAUGACCUAAGUUAGGGUCGAAACUAGUCUUUGAAAUAUUUUAAAGAUUUUAAUAAUAAAGGGUACUACAAGAUGUUUAUAUUGUUUUUAUUUAUUUGUACAAAAGUAACCCAUGUAAGUGAAGUGUUUUUUACUGUAAAUAUUCUGUAAUCUUUGGCCGAAGUUCAUAAAUAAAUAAAAAAAUUAUGAUCACUUGAGAAACCAGAACAGUAUUCAGUAUUUAUUGUACUGCAACAAUGAAAUAAGACAAAAAAGACGAAAUCAGACGGAUAGUGGAUUGGUUAGAAGUAGUCAGGAGGUGAUAAUAAUAGGCCCACUGUAGAAACUGGUAAGCUCCCCCGGGCAGAAGAACUUGCUAAUUUAUUAGGAUAUUGACAAGAGAUAAGCUUCGUUUAGCUCUUCAAAGUUGCAUUGCAAACAUUGGUUCACUCAAAACGAUAUUGUCAUUUUUGAAUGUAAAUAUUGCAUAGUUUAACUCUUGAAUGUUCCAUUCCAAAAAGUUGAUUCCCUUGAAUAAAGUUGUGUUAAUCACUAUUUACUUGCUGAAGACAAUUCUGUUUAAAUCAAUGUUAAUUCAGUAAUGUAAUAAUAGAGUAAUUUUAUUCAAUUGGCCUCAUAUUAUUCCUAAUUUAAUCUUUGUGUUGUGUAGGCUACCUAUUGUGUAAUCACAUAGUAGGCUAUCUUUGAAGAAAAUUCACAUAUCAAAUGUGGAAUAAUAAUUUGCCUUUAUUAUUGUAUUUUGUAUUAAACAACCUUACUGGUGUUGUGUGAUUACAUAUUAUCAUUGGAUAACAUGUAGGUAUCAAAUGUGGAGUAGCCUAUUUAUUUGCCUUAUUAUUGAGCCUUAAAUUAUUAUUGUACUUUCUAGUGUACAACGUUGUAAAUUGUCUUUGUGAAUAAUUUAACAAAACGAUUUCUAAAAGAAAAACGAGCUUCUCACACUUUUCAUAGCUUCGUGGUAAUGACUUUGUUUAUUAUUUUCGUGUUUUUUAUUGUCACAUAGAAAAUAAUUAUUUUUGUAUUUGUUGAGUUAACUAGAGAUACCAUGGUUGAAAUAUGAAAACUAGUUUCUAUUCCAAUGAACAGGUAGUUGUCAGGGCAGAAAAACUUCUUUUUUGAAAAGAAGGCUCCUCUUCUCAUAGCAUUCAAUCAUGGUUAAAGUUUGACAGGCUUCUGUGCCUAUGUAUACUGUGUCUGUGCAACCGACCCUAUACAGAGAAGGCCUGGAUGGCACACUACCUGCUGGCUGUUGUUUCUCCAUCUCUUUCUAUUUAAUACCACUUCCUAUCUUCUUCCUUGUCUCUCAGUUUGAUGGCUACUACUCUACUUCUUCCAAACAAUGGCAUUUGUAUAAUUCAUGAGAGAAGAGUUGAAAUGAAUUCAGAAUUAUCUAACUUUUUACUGGAUAAUUUUAUCAAAGAAUAAGACGGUCAGAAAAUUAAUCUGAGUUGAAUAAAACUAGAAUGGAAGAGAAUGGUUAGAAAAUAAGGGUAAUGCAAAUUAAUUUAUUUUAAAAAUAUCUAUCUCACAAAUAAUUUUCUAAAACAAAUAAUUUUCUAAGCCACAAUAACUUUCUAAACCCAAAAAUGUACAACCCAAAAGUAUUAUCAUUCCAAUUAAACAUUCUGGGUGCAAGGGGGCACCACCCUCCCCCAAAUUUCAAAAAAAUCAACCAAAAAUUAAUUAUAAACUAGAAAAACAUUCUCAGAGGUACCGAGAGCAAGAAUUAAAAGUUUUUAAUUAUUUACUUGAUAAUUGACAGCAUGUCGUGUUUAAAUACAUAAAAAAGUGUGUUAAUAUAAAGCAGCUCGGAAUGGAUCAAUAAACCAUCACCGACAAUAUUAUAUUUGUUUGAGAAUGUUUUUAUGUUUACUCUGAGUCAGUAAUGUUAUAUUUUAAUAUUAUAUUUGUUUGAGAAUGUUUUUAUGUUUACUCUGAGUCAGUAAUGUUAUAUUUCAAUAUUAUAUUUGUUUGAGAAUGUUUUUAUGUUUACUCUGAGUCAGUAAUGUUAUAUUUAAGG